AUGAACAGAAGCCAGAGUCAAGUCCUGUUUGUUCCAGAGGGAAAGCUGAGCUGCUCCUGUGAGUUCAAGGUGACUUACCCAACAGGGGUGGCCGGCAGAGGGGGCAUUCACAAGACUUUGGGAGAGGACCAGGAGCAGGUGGCAAAGCGGGAACCCCGGCUUGUUUCCAUUUGCUUCACCCACAGUGAUCUGGCUAAAGAUGCAGCAGAAAUUAUCCGGUUGGAGGGGAAAACCCAGCCCCAAGUUUCCUGCCCACCGCUCACCUCCCUAGCCAAGUUCAUAGCCCCUGCAGGAGUCAUGCCUAUGACAGCUUUCCCCACAGAGAGUUUCCUGGAAGUUAUAAACGAUCUAGAGAAGUUAGGCCUGGUGUCACCUGACCACUUGGAUUUCCUAGAAAACUGUUUGUUGAACAUUCACAGGAAAGACUUGGUAAAGAAGAUCCAGAAGCACAAACUGGAAGCUUCAGCUCACACCAUCGGCUCUUCACCUGUGUACAUAAAUGCACUUCAGGCAAAGCUUCCAAAACUCACUCUUAUCGACCCUCCAGGGAUGGGGAGCAGAGUGAAACUGCUAAAUGGAUCGGGAGCCAUUCAGAAGGGACAGGUCUCUGUAUCAGUAUCAGAAACUGGAACAACCAUGUCUCAGGCGCCUGACUGCUACAGAAUGCAAAGCCGGCCUUUGGGAGUAUGCCUGAUCAUAGACUGCAUUGGCAAUGAUACAAAUGUCCUGGUUGAUGCCUUUACCUCUCUGUACUUUGAUGUUCACUGUUACCAGUUCCUAAACGUCAAUUCCCUGCCACAAAAAUUGCACGAAGUGGCCAGACUGAAGCAACACAAGGACUAUGACUGCUUUGCCUGCGUCCUGGUCAGCCGAGGAAAUCACCAGGAUGUCUUCUGCACCGACCGCGUCUUGCCCGGCUUUGCUCUGGAGAAGGUGAAGAGGUUUUUCACCGGCGAUAAAUGCCCAGCCCUCUUGGGGAAACCGAAGCUUUUCUUUAUUCAGAACUACAUUGAACUGGGACAUCGGCAAGAGCAGAGCAGCUUUGUGGAGGCCGACGGAGAUCUUGCGUCUGCCAUCCCCCAGGUGGCAGACAUCCUCUGGAGCCAGAGCACGGUGGAGGCACCAGUAUUGGAGCGGUCACCCGCCUCAUCCUCCUUUUAUCUAUCCACACUGGCGGAGCUCUUGACAGAUCCACACAAAAGGAUGUUGUCUCUGCUAGAUAUUCUUGUGGAGUUGAAUGACAGAAUUUACAAAAGGAACACAGAUCACCCUACGGAGCAAUACUCACUCCUGUUAAAGCAUACCCUGAGAAAAAAGGUCUUCCUUUCACAAGGCUAGAGAUUAAAACUACACACACACAUAUCCUGGUUCAUUUGAGCUAUAUCUAUCAAGAAUAAAUGGUAGGUUUUUCUUCCAGGGCCAUGCAUGCGUGGGCUGUUCAAAUGUGGGUUUUUUUGGUAGUCUUAAACUAUUUAAACCAAAUCAAUGCUCAGCUUCAAGAUACUAUGGAUACCUUACUAAGCUAGCAUAGAUGUCACCUGUGCAGUUACAGUCUCAAGGUUCAAUUUGUAAUUUUCUCUUGUUGCCGAAUAUUUCGUAUUAGAAUAUUUAUUGGAAUAUUUCGGCAACGAGAAAAUUACAGAUUGGACCUUGAGACUGUAACUUCGCAUAUAUAUAAAACUUUCUGCUUGGCCAAAAGUUCAAGACGGAAAUUGGGUAUAGCUUUACUAUGUUAGAAAUUUUGUGCGAACACAGGGAGGUAGAGCCAGCAGGGACGUGACAUUUUAUAAGCGGAGUGCACUAUUUGACCACAGUAAACCAUGGAAUUGAAGAUCAUGGCCUUACUUGAACAGGGAAAGAUCAUGUAAUCGAAAUGCUACCGAGGGCACAAUGACUUGUUCUUGCCAACUUGUUGAACUUCAGACCUCUGGAGCCUGUAAGUGGAAAUGUAUGCACAGACUGUAAUAAACACACAAAUAUUUCCUGGCCAGUCACUGAGAAGACAUUGUCUUGAGUUCAGAACCGAAAUGCUCUUGUAUGUCAUAAUCAGACCUGUUUAAGAUUUCCCGGGAUGUAUUUGUUAUGGAAAAAUUGCUCCUGUGGGUAUCUCCUCUGUCCAGACUGUUCUGCACUUGCCGAUUAUUGAAUUAUUGAAAGCAAAGUGUAGCAGCACAGCAAUAUAUCAACCCAUCACCAAGAACUUCCACAUAACUUGAGUUAGUAUUCUCUCAGGUACAGGGAUCUAGCGCACCUUUCAGACCACUAGGAGGAUUCGAUGCAGUAAGAAUCCUGCUACGAUUCUCCAGCACUAAAUUGGAUGCAUAAACGGAACUAAGCUGAAUGUGAAGGAAAGAAACAAGGUUGUAAUUUGUUCUUGCAAGGAGUGGAGUUUGAGGAAUCUCUGCCACAGUUAUAUUUAUGUUGGUGACUUUGGACAAAAUUUCAUCUGAUAUUCUGUAUUUUUUAACAUAAAAAUGAUCAUUUAAUUGUUUGUGCAUGGUGUACUUAUGUGCUCUUUUUCUUUCAUCCAUUGUCUUCAUAAACCUUUACAUGCCCCUUAAGUUAUUGAAGAAUUCCUCUAUAUCUUGGAUUAGACCCAAGGAAGUCUAGUUCUUCUGGGUAACUGGUUUGAAUAUUGUUUACUAUACAGAAACACUGUUUUUAUUCAUUACUUUAAAGCAGUACCUCGCCAUUUUUAUUUUUGCAAAUAAAUUGGAAAUGAAGCAG